GAGCUCCCGCGCCCAGCUAGUCUGGCUCGGUUCUCCUUCCGCACAGUCGGGGUUUCCGUUUCCCUCCUGUGCGCAGGGUGAGAGGGAGCGAGGCCGAGCUCCGGCCGCCGCCGCCAUGUGGCCCCCAGACCCGGAGCCCGACCCGGACCGCGAGCCCGCCGGCCGCUCCCAGCCCCGCGCGGCCCUUCCCGGGCUCCGCGCCCUCCUGCCGGCGCGCGCCUUCCUCUGCUCGCUCAAAGGCCGCCUCCUGCUGGCGGAGACGGGUCUCUCCUUCAUCACCUUCGUCUGCUAUGUGGCGUCCUCAGCAUCCGCCUUCCUCACUGCGCCCCUGCUGGAGUUCCUGCUGGCCCUCUGCUUCCUCUUUGCUGAUGCCAUGCAGCUGAACGACAAGUGGCAGGGCUUGUGCUGGCCCAUGAUGGACUUCCUACGCUGUGUCACAGCGGCCCUCAUCUACUUUGCCAUCUCCAUCACAGCUGUGGCCAAAUACUCGGACGGAGCUUCCAAAGCAGCCGGGGUGUUUGGCUUCUUUGCCACCAUCGUGUUUGCAAUUGACUUCUACCUGAUCUUUAACGAUGUGGCCAAAUUCCUCAAACAAGGGGACUCCGCAGCUGAGACCGCAGCUGACAAGGCAGAAGAAGAGAAUUCCGACUCUGACUCCGACUGAGGACCCGACCUGCCCUGGCAGCCUGAGCCACGCGGGCCUCCGCUCCUGCAGCUUCUGACCAUGCUGGCCGGAGCGUGGCCAGGGGACCGUGCGUGUUGGGAGGGAGGCUGUGACUUCUCGAGCAGCAGCGGGAGUUGCUGACGGAGCAGGCCUCCUCACAGCCCCAGGGUGACGUUCCUGAGCCCGGCAUACACGAUGGCACCCCUCGGCUUAGCACUCUCCAGCCUCUCUGCCCGUGAGGGCAUCGUUCCGCCACUUCUCGUUUCUGUCCCACAGACCUUAAGCCCUUAAACCUCUGCCAAAAAUAAGCACAAGGGGACAAAGCAGAUAGAGCCUUGUUAUACCAUCCCAGGAAGCACUUCACGCUGCGGUGAGUGCGGGGGAGAGACAAGGCAGAAACCGGCGGAGGGCCGUCCCCUGGGCCCCAGUGGUUUCUGUCUGCAUCUGGUGCCCCUGCUCCCGGCAGGCAUCUUGUGGAGAACGAUGCUUCCAAGAUUCUUUUGUUCAAGGAGCAACAGUUCCCUCUUCAUUCUCGAAGCAGGGAGAAAACUGGCCUUUGCUGUAUGAUCUAGGAGAGAGUGGGUCCCAGUGCCCAUGAGUGAUACCUUACACCCUUGGAGACCAUAUCUUCUUCAGAUGACAUGCCUCUUCUGGGUCUAAGACUGUUUCAAGAAGAGCUCGUAGACUAGCUUACCAGGUCCAAGAGAUCGAGGGCUCCAAACGACGAAGUGGCAGUGACAGCCCCCAGGGCAGCUGGGCAGGCCCAGCCAAACCCUGUCUUUCCCUGGGCCGUCAGCAGGCGAGAGGCUCUCGGGCCCUCAGGACAAUGUGCUUCUGAACACCUGACCCUCACGAGGGGUGAGACGUGCCUUCUGUGUUCACCUAAGGACCUUAUUAUGCUGUGCAUGUAUCUUCAAUGGGAUUUUGUAACUUUAUAAUUUUUUUUUUUUUUUACACAAAAGCAGCUUCUUAAAUGGCAUUUCCUGUGACCCAAGAGGCCUUGUGAAUGAGCCAGAGUUCUGGACCCAUGUUUUGGGCAUUUGUAAUCUUUGUUCUUCUCUUGCAUGUGAAUCUCCUACCCUGAAAAAAGCCAUAAUGGAUUAAAUCAGACUGACUUCCUG